UUUACAUUCAGCCAUAGACCAAAAUGGCAGCAUUAGUUCAAAUCAAGGAGACAUCAUCUCCAUGGAAGAAGCUCCUAGGCUAUAUAGGUCCUGGGAUUUUAGUUUCUGUGGCAUACCUUGAUCCUGGGAAUUUGGAGACAGAUUUGCAAGCUGGUGCUGACCACAAAUACGAGUUGCUAUGGAUUGUCUUUGCUGGGCUUUUAUUCGCGCUUUUGAUUCAAUCUCGAUCAGCAAAUCUAGGGGUGGCCACAGGAAAACAUUUAUCUGAACACUGCAAGAAAGAAUAUCCAAAAUCAGUGAACAUUUGUCUCUGGAUGCUUGCUGAGAUUGCUGUGAUAGCUGCUGAUAUCCCAGAAGUAAUUGGCACAGCUUUUGCACUCAACAUUCUCUUCCGGAUACCAAUAUGGUCAGGGGUGUUGCUAGCAGGUCUAAACACUCUUGUUUUGCUUGGUUUGCAGCGCUAUGGCAUAAGGUUGCUUGAAGGCGUAAUCAGCAUACUAUUGUUGGUCUUGGGUGGUUGCUUCUUCUCUGUGAUGGUGCAUGCUAGGCCUAGUGUUAAGGAGAUUGCUAUGGGGUUGGUUGUUCCCAGAUUGAGCGGUGGAAGUGCCACAAGAGAUGCUGUUGCUCUUUUAGGAGCCUUGAUCAUGCCGCACAAUCUUUUUCUUCAUUCGGCUUUAGUCAUCUCCAGAAAGAUAACCCGUUCCCCAGAUGGUAUCAGGAGCGCAAGCAGAUGCUUCUUGCUCGAAAGCAGUUUAGCUCUCUUAUUUGCAUUCCUGAUAAAUGUUGCAGUUAUAGCUGUUAGUGGUAGCGUUUGCUCAUAUCCAAAUAUCUCCUCAGAGAGCAAGAAACAAUGCAAAAACAUCACUCUUGACUCCGCUGCUUUUCUGCUUAAGGACGCUUUAGGCAAGUGGAGCUCAAAGCUCUAUGCUAUCUCUUUGCUUGCUUCGGGUCAGAGUUCAACUGUUACAGGAACCUAUGCAGGCCAGUAUAUCAUGCAGGGUUUUUUAGAUUUGAGAAUGAAGCUGUGGCUGCGAAAUUUGCUAACAAGAUGCAUUGCCAUAGCUCCAAGCUUGGUGGUCUGCAGUGUAGGCGGAUCUGCAGGAGCUGGCAGGCUAAUCAUCAUUGCUUCUAUGAUCUUGUCCUUUGAGCUCCCAUUUGCACUAAUUCCCCUGCUCAAGUUCACAGGCAGUGCGGCAAAAAUGGGGCUCCAUAAGAAUUCUAUUGUGGUAUCUCUGUGCACUUGGCUCUUGGGACUUUGCUCAAUUGCGAUCAACAUAUAUUUCUUGAGUACAAGUCUGCUGGGAUGGAUUACAAACAAGAAGAUGCCCAAGGCUGCAAGCAUUCUUUCAGGACUUCUAAUCUUUCCGCUAAUUACACUAUACAUUGCACUGUUGGCAUACUUGAUAUUGAAGCCAGAAACCGCUUCCCAAGGUUCCACGGAUUUUGAUACAGAUUCAAACCACCACGAUGAAGCAGAAGUCGAGCCAAGAGCAGAAUUCAACCAUACCCAGAGAACUGGCGAGAUUGAAAUCGAUAGCAUUACUUGCAGUUAGAAGCAGUUGCAUCUUUAGCUCGAUUGUGUGGUGGAGAAUAUUGAAGAAUCACUGUUCGGUCCUUCAGUGUUGAAAUGUGUCGGCAUCAGAAUACAUUACUCUUUGAUUCACGUAAAGAAACAUCAUCAAACUGCAUUUCUUUGGGAUUGACCCUACAGAUGAAAUAUCUAAAUAAAGCAAUCAAAAGUUGUAAACUUUGUCCUA